GAACUCCUGGUGUAACCGAGGGCAGAGAUCUCUUAAUGUCCACAUUUGUUAUUACUUCGUGAAACAUGUCUGACAAUGGUUCCCGAGUUUGUCUAGAGGACCCAGCAGUAGAAGAACAAGAAGCGAGAACUGGUUAAAACACUCAGUCCCUCAAUUAGAAAUGUGGGACAGUCAUGGUUUUGAUUGUUCUGGAAAUUGUCGUGUCGAUGUCAGUCGACGAUCUGAGAUCUCAGUGGAAUGGAUUUGUACAGCUUCGUGACAACAUCCAUGAAAAGUUUGGAGAGCCCUGACAUCGGCUUCGAGUGCCAUGCGAUGAAUGUAGGAAACUGUGGAGCCGCAGCGGUAGUGUGUGCUUUGAAUUAUGUCGACAGGCCAGGCAGGGCGAAAAUGCUGGGUGACAAUCCAGCAAUCUCUCGAGGAGUUGUCUGGAGUCCAACAGUCACGACGGGGCUCGAUAGAAAUGCCAUGUAUUUAUGAGAAGCAGAUAAUUUGGUCUGCACAGAGCUUUUUCAGCAGAACCUUCAAGGUCCUACCGAAUGAGGAGGAGGAGGAGGAGGAGGAGCUCGUUACCAGGGGGCGCUUACCUCUGCCACGCUGGAGAAGUCGGUUUGGACGAGGUCGCGCGAAAAAAACUAACGCCCCUCAGCAUCCGGAACGGAGAACAGUUGGGAGCACCAAAGUCCAUGGAUCGGAGCUGCUCUGCUUUGCGCGAAGAGGACUCGAAGAACGUAAGUCAUGCGGUCGCGUCUAGACAUGGGAGACGUGGCGCUGAGUGACAUCUCAGUCCAUGAUGAGAUUUCAUGGAUUGUGGCGAAGAGGCAAUGCAUUCGUUCGAACAGGUUGCGUAUCAGCGUCAUUGCCGUCAGUGCAAUUUCGCUCUCGGUCUUCCCUGUGAGCUGACUACGUUUUUGAAUUGCAUCCCGAGGCCCUUGCCAAAAUGUGGGCCUUGAUAAGCAAAUAUGAGAGCCAGUUGAUUCUCGUGCCCUUCGAUGUGAUUUCUUCAAGAAAAUGUGCGGAGUUUUGAUUGCGCUUGAGCAAGCGGACGUCAGUUGGCAAAAUGUAUCAGCGACAAAGCAUAGUGAAUCGACGGAAAAUUCCUCCUUCGAGAAAGAACGACGAGAAUGUCGACAGAGAGUACGACAUGCAAAUGUGUGGGCUGAGGAAGCGACAGGAACAAUUCAAAGAUAUUGAGCAGCUAGUUCGAACGAGCGUAUCCCCCACAAGAGAAGAAGUUUUGGACUCACAACACAAGUGGAAAGGAAUAAUGGAAAUCCAGCUCCGGCAAAAGGAAGAGCAGCAUGAAAUACAGAGUGAAGCGGAGCACAAAAUGCACUGCUUCAAUGAAUAUGUUCAAAGGUACGUUGGCCCUCACUCUAAGGAAGAGGAAGAAGCCCGAGAACAGGCUAGAAGAGACUAUCUAAGACAGAUUAUGGAAGAAAACAUGAAGGUUGCAGCCGAGAAACUUGAGUGGGAAAAGAAGCAACGACUGAAGGACAUUGCGCUGGACAAUUACAGGCUUACGACGCCAUGUACUUGGAACCGUCGGCACUAUGUAUAGAGCCGUGGAAACUAUGAAUCUCAGAUCAGAUUUGACAUGGCUCAUAUGGAAUCUCUGUCCGGAGCUCGGCACGGAUCGCGACUAGAGACCCCGAGACCAUUUUGCAGGCAUGCGGAAGCGCCCUGAAAGUUUUUAGUUGUGAGACUCCAAUACAGCACGAAUUGGAAACUGCACCACAACAUGCUCUUCUUUUCCGGAGGGAGAUAACAGUGUACAUUCUUCAACGAGUGAAUCUUGGGCUGCCUUUUUUUUUAUGGCGAAUUCAACCCGUAGUUGCACGGUGUAGGUUUCUAAGUGUCCAAGAGGAAAUGAAUGGAAGAGAAAGUUGAUGGUGUAAGCAGUUGAACCAGUCGCCGGGGAGGUCGAAGUGGUUAUCACUCAUGAUGGCCGGCACCCUCGAUGAUGGCGGCCAGUUUGAUAAGAGCUUUGGUUCGCUUUUGAGAAUGAGCUGAAGGAACUAUUUCGCCCACCUCCUUCCUUACACCUGCAGUGCAGGCACUCUUGGUUCAACAGGUUUCGGAUACACAUGACUUAAGAGGGCAGUAUGAUGGAGGAGCCUGUGUGUGUCCGCAUAAGUGCUAACUUUUGUUGUCCCCGAAAUCUAGCUCUUUAUAGUUUUAUCUUUGAUGUAUGAGUUUUGUCCGAAGCUAAAAUCGAAGAAUCAUCCGCUUGAAGUUGCGAUUUGACUGGUAUCAAUGUCCAAUAGAGACAAACUCUUUCCUACCUGUGGGCGCCAUUACACGCAUAGUCACUGCCUUCAGGUGCCUUGUGUUCUUACAUACGAAGUUGAUACGAAGGCCUCUUGUUAAGAU